AUGGGGAAGCAUGAAUGGCACAUCGAAACUCGCUCUCGUAAGAAGCCUGGUGACUUGGAGAGACAGCUGGCCGCCAUCCAUUUCCCGGUAUCAGGAAGCCUUCACCUUAGGGAAUCCGCUAUAUCGAAUCAUUGCCAACCACUAUGCAAGUCUCUGGACCCAGAUCAACGUUACUGUAUUGGGCCCUCCGCAGAACGAUCCUGGAAGACACUAGUAGGGUCAUCAGUUGAACAUCAUUCAGGCCCAUGUAGGUACUCAGUCACACAAUAUACAACAGCUCCUAACCUCGUAUUAGGGGACUCGCUUUCUGAAUACGGCACUGACCUCGCUCGACGGGAAAUAACCCGGAUUUCCUCCUCUCCAGCAAGAGAUUACCGCCCUUACAACCACCAGCACUGUGCUGAUGAGGAGAUUACCGACCUCAAGAAUGCAAUGACUAUAUUCAAAACAUUAGAGUCAAGGAGCGCCGAUCUCGCCUCUAUCUCAAGGCCAACAUUGUGGCACACUGAUUUGCACAUGGGGAAUAUAUUUGUUUCAGACAAUGAUCCAACAGAGAUCGUUUCGAUCAUUGACUGGCAGUAUAUAGCUAUUGGCCCUCUGUUUCUGCAAGCAAACUGGCCAAGCUUCCUCAAACCCGGAGACGAGUAUAUCUACGGGCCCAUUCAACCACAGCUGCCGCAUGAUUUUGAGGAACUUGGCGAAGCCGAGAAGAGACUUGCGUCUUCAAUACGAGAUGAUGCGAUUAUCUCGAAGUCAUAUGAAUUACAAUCUUUUCUUCAUAGCCAAGACGUAUAUCGAAGCCUGAACCUACCGACUGUUUUCAGGGAACUCUUCGUCCGUUGUGGCGAAUCAAAUUCUGAAGGCACAAUAUGCCUACGGGUUUGCCUUGCUGAACUUUACCAGUCGUGGGCUGCGUUUUCUCUUACUGGAGAAUGCCCAGUAUCUUUCUCUAGCCGUGAGCUUGAGAAAAUCGAAGGUCUAUUUCAAGAGUAUCGGAAUUGGCAUGACGUCCAGGAGUUUGCAAGGAGUUACCUUGAGACAGAUGCAGAUGGUUGGGUAUCCCCAGAGCUCAGCUUUUCCGAAAUACAACAGCGUAAUAGGCAUGCAUUGGAGAGAUAUGUGAAGGAGAUGGCGCACUAUAUGCCUUUGGAAGCUGCUCGAAAAAUGUGGCCCUUUCCAGACGAGUGCUAG